AUGAUUUCUUCUUUCAGUGGAACUAUAGAAGCCACUGGUGCUAGACCAAGAAAACCAUGCAAUUGUACAAAAUCCCAAUGUUUAAAAUUGUAUUGUGAUUGUUUUGCCAAUGGUGAAUUCUGUCACAACUGUAAUUGUUUAAAUUGUGCCAAUAAUUUAGAACACGAGGAAGAGAGAUCUCGAGCUAUUAAAUCAUGUUUAGAUCGGAACCCCAUGGCUUUUCAUCCUAAAAUAGGUAAAGGAAAACAUGGUGUAAAAGAUAGAAGACAUAAUAAAGGUUGUAAUUGUAAAAGAUCUGGUUGCCUUAAGAAUUAUUGUGAAUGUUAUGAGGCUAAAAUUAUGUGCUCAAGCUCUUGUAAAUGUAUUGGUUGUAAAAAUUUUGAAGAAAGUCCUGAAAGGAAGACGUUGAUGCAUCUUGCUGAUGCUGCUGAAGUUAGAGUUCAACAACAAACAGCUGUCAAGUCUAAAUUCUCAUCUCAGUUAUCUGGUCUACCUACUAAACCUACACCUUCAUCUAAUGGUGAAAAACUACCAUACACAUUAAUAACAGCAGAAGUAGCAGAAGCAACCUGUGCCUGUUUAUUAGCUCAAGCUGAUGAAGGGGAGAGAUUACAAAUGCCACCAGUUGUUCAAGAAAGAAUGGUUAUUGAGGAAUUUGGUCGAUGUUUAAUGCAAAUUAUAGAAUCUGCUAAUAAAACUAAAGGUAAUAUUGAUUGGAAUACAAGUUAUGUGUAUUAG